CCAGAAGCUGUUUCGAAUGCUAAAAAAGAGCAUGCUACUCUUGUUGAUCAGCUAGAUGGUUUACGCCGGCAGAUUGCUGAUGCAGUGGCACAUUACCAGGCUUCAGAGAGAACAAUAUCCCGUCUAGAAAUGGAAUUAGCCAAAAGCCAGAAGCAGGUGAGCAGUUUGAGAGAACAACAUGCAUAUAUAGAGAAGCAACUUGAUUCAUUAAAGGCGGCGUCACAGCCAAAACAGGAAGAGCUAGAUAGAUUAGAGGAGCUAAAGUCUGUUAUAUCUGCUGAAGAAAAGGAGCUUGAGAGACUCACUAAAGGAUCAAAAAAGCUCAAGGAGAAGGCCUUGGAUCUCCAAAGUAAAAUAGAAAAUGCAGGUGGUGAAAGGCUGAAAAAGCAAAAGACGAAGGUCAAUCAGAUUCAAUCU